AUGGCCUCUAGAUCAGCCACCCUCUUUUUGUUUCUUCCUUGUAUUUUGAUCAUAACCUUUGCUUCAACUUCAAAUGCAUAUUCACUGGAGGGAUAUCCUAAGAAGGUUGUCAUGAAUGUAAUAGACUCAUGCCGGCGUUGGAAAUCUGAUUGGGCGACUAAUCGUCAAGCUUUGGCUGAUUGUGCGGUGGGGUUUGGAAAAGGUGCCGUUGGAGGAAAAUAUGGCACAAUUUAUGUAGUUACUAGUAGUGCUGAUGAUCCUGUGAACCCUAAACCUGGAACCCUGAGGUAUGGCGUUAUCCAAACAGAAGCGCUUUGGGUUAUUUUUGCCAAGGACAUGGUUAUUCAGCUUAAAAAUGAGCUUAUAAUGAAUAGUUAUAAGACCAUUGACGGGAGAGGAGUUAAAGUGGAGAUUGCUAAUGGACCAUGCAUAACUAUACAAGAUGUUAGCCAUGUGAUUAUUCAUGGAAUCGGCAUCCAUGAUUGUAAGCCAGGGAAAGCUGGCCGUGUUAGGAGUAAUACUACACAUGUCGGGCUUCGAGGUGGCUCGGACGGCGACGCAAUUGCUGUCUUUGCUUCUUCAAAUAUCUGGAUUGACCAUUGUUUUCUUGCUCGUUGUUUUGAUGGCCUAAUCGAUGUCAUUCAUGCUUCAACUGCAAUCACCAUCUCUAACAAUUACUUCUCUCAACAUGACAAAGUGAUGCUGCUUGGACACAACGAUGAGUUCACCUCAGAUAAAGUGAUGAAAGUUACAGUAAUCUUCAACCGUUUUGGGGAGGGACUUAUUGAGAGGAUGCCCAGGGUGAGGUUUGGCUAUGCUCACGUUGCAAACAACAGAUAUGAUGAGUGGAAAAUGUAUGCAAUCGGUGGCAGUGCUGAUCCAACCAUUCUGAGUGAAGGCAAUUACUUUGUGGCUCCAAAUAAUCCCAACGCCAAAGAGGUUACAAAGAGAGAGGUUAAAAAUGGCUGGAAAAAUUGGAAAUGGAGGAGUUCUGGAGAUGUGUUUCUGAAUGGAGCUUAUUUUGUUCCAUCAGGAUAUGGAAGUUGUGCGCCAAAUUACUUCAAAGCUCAAUCUUUUAUUGCUGCAUCAGGAGCCAUGGUUCCUGCUUUAACAGCUAGUGCAGGCCCUCUGCAAUGUGUUGUUUGGAAUGCAUGUUGA